AUGGCGGGGGCUUGGUCGUCUGGCUGUGUCGAAGGAUGCUCCUCUGCUAGCUGUGCGUGCGGCGCCAAGGGCAAGUGGAAUGGCUCUUCGCUGUUGAGCAAGCGGCUCUCGGAAGACUCGAGCCGCCACCAGCUGCUGCAGAAGUGGGCGAGCAUGUGGAGCUCCGUGAGCGGGGACGCGUCGGUGGCCGGCGCCGAGAGCUCGCGGCGCGAGGAGAAGGCGGAGCCGGCCGAGGAGGACGACAGGCCUCUGGUGUUUCUGUGCUCGGGCUGCCGGCGGCCGCUGGGCGACUCGCUGAGCUGGGUGACGAGCCAGGAGGACACCAACUGCAUCCUGCUGCGCUGUGUUUCCUCUAAUGUUUCUGUGGAUAAGGAACAGAUACUAUCCAAACGUAAAAACGAAAAUGGUUGCAUCCUGGAGACGCUGUACUGCACAGGAUGCUCCCUCAACCUGGGCUACGUAUACAGAUGCACACCCACAAAUCUGGAUUACAAGAGGGACUUGUUUUGCCUCAGUGUUGAAGCCAUUGAAAGUUAUAUUUUAGGGUCCUCUGAAAAGCAAAUUGUAUCAGAAGAUAAAGAGCUUUUUAAUCUUGAAAGCAGAGUUGAAAUAGAAAAAUCUCUAAAGCAGAUGGAAGAUGUUUUGACAGCAUUACAAGCGCAGCUGUGGGAGGUUGAAUCAAAAUUGUCGUUUAACAGUUGCAAAAGCUAAAAUCUGCUCCAAGUCUCCUGUUCUGGAUGCUCCCACCGAUGGACAAUUCUUUCAUAUGUAACAAUUCUUGUUAUCACUUCACUUCACUUAGAAUUGAAGGAAUUCUAAACGGCCAUGUACAUUGUGUUCUCUCAUAUUGAUCAAAUGAGAAAGAUUAUAGAGUUACCUUAGAGGAUAUAAUUCAUGCUAAGGAGAUGAUUGUUUCUCAAAUUCAAAUUUUAAAGCCAUUUUAUGAUACUUGCUGAAAUUGGAAUUUAGGAGAUUUUAUUUUGAUAAAAAACUGUGAUGAUUUUCUGAACUGUUUUCUCCUCUGUAUGCAGUUCACUAUUCUUCGUUUCUUAGUUUUUAAACUUUAUUUCACCUUUGAUACCUUGGGAAAUACUUAAUAUUGAAUGGUAAGAAAAUCUUAAGAGGUUUUUCUACCCACUGUCUGGUUGAAUCAUCUCUGAAAACUAAUGCAUAAAGUUCUCUGGAGAACUGGUCAGCUGAAUUAUUUGUCAGAACUAUUUGAAAACGUGCACAAGAGCAGGAUAGCGUGUGUUCUAGUAGUAGAGUCCCACGUGAUCUUUAUUUACUACUACAUGCCAAAAAGAUCUGGAGGGAUGUUUACAACAGAGAGUAGUAGUCAUCUCUGAGGGUGGGAUUCUGGGGGAAUUUUCAUUUUUCCAAUUUUCUAUAAUGUAAGACUUACAGUCAGCCCGUGUUAUUGUUUAAA